CUAGCGUGUGAGGUCAGCGGCCCGCUCUCCUCGGGUUACGGAGGUUCUGGCGGCGGAAUUUCUGCUGGUGGCCGGAAUCCCGAAUCCUGCUAACCAUUUACCAUUUGGAGUUUAAAAUUUGUCAUCAUGGUAAAGUUUCGAAGAAGGACUUGCAUCAUUUUGUCACUUUUUAUUUUAUUGAUUUUCUCCCUGAUGAUGGGUUUAAAAAUGCUGAGACCAAAUACGGCUACUUUUGGAGAUCCUCUGGGACUUGAUCUUCUUCCAUAUCUUCGUAAACGAACAUCUCACUUGGGAAAAUAUAUGGAUUUCCAAAAGAGUGACAAAAUCAACAGUGAAACAAAUACCAAGAAUUUAAAAAGUGUUGAAAUCACUGUGACACCUUCCAAAGCCUCUGAACCUUACCUGGGAGAACAGUCACCUCCGAAUUAUUACUUACAUGUAUUUUAUUAUAGCUGGUAUGGAAAUCCAAAAUUUGAUGGUAAAUAUGUACAUUGGAACCAUCAAAUCCUGAAGCAUUGGGACCCUAGGUUAAACAAGAAUUAUCCACAGGGGAAACAUAAGCCCCCAGACGACAUUGGCUCCAGCUUUUACCCUGAGUUGGGAAGUUACAGCUCUCGGGAUCCUGCUGUCAUCGAAACUCACAUGAAACAAAUAUACUCAGCUUCAAUUGGUGUACUAGCCCUGUCUUGGUACCCACCCUAUUCAUAUGAUGAGAAUGGAUUACCUACUGAUGACUUGGUACCAACUAUUUUGGAUAAAGCUCACAAAUAUAACCUGAAGGUCACUUUUCACAUUGAACCUUAUGCCAGUCGAGAUGAUAAAAACAUGUACAAAAAUGUCAAAUAUAUUAUAAACAAAUAUGGAAGUCAUCCAGCCUUUUACAGGUAUAAGACUAAGACCGGCAAAGCACUUCCUGUGUUUUAUGUCUAUGACUCCUAUAUCACAAAACCUGAAAUAUGGGCUAAUUUACUAACCCCCGUAGGGUCUCAGAGCAUUCGCAAUUCUCCCUAUGAUGGACUGUUUAUUGCACUUCUGGUAGAAUACAGACAUAGAUUUAAUAUUCUCCAUGGUGGUUUUGAUGGAAUCUACACGUACUUUGCAACAAAUGGUUUUACAUAUGGCUCAUCAUAUGAGAAUUGGAGUAGUCUCAAAUCUUUUUGUGAUAAAUACAACUUAUUAUUUAUUCCAAGUGUGGGUCCAGGAUAUAUAGAUACUAGCAUCCGCCCAUGGAAUUCUCAAAACACUCGGAACCGAAUCAAUGGGAAGUAUUAUGAAAAUGCUCUGAAAGCUGCACUCCAAGUUCACCCCAGUUUAAUUUCCAUCACCUCUUUUAAUGAGUGGCAUGAAGGAACUCAGAUUGAGAAAGCUGUUCCAAAAAGAACCAGUAAAACUGUGUAUCUGGAUUACCGACCUCAUAAACCAAGUCUUUAUUUAGAACUCACUCGCAAGUGGGCUGAAAAAUAUGGUAAGGAAAGAGUAACUUAUGCACUAGAUUAUGAAGUACCUGUUUCAUAAGUUAUCACCCAAUUUCAAUGUCUUUUAUCUUUGACUAAAUGUACUUCAUCAUUGCCUCCCUUCACAAGCUGCACUAAGAAAAGUGUACAUAAUAGUCCUUGUGGCAUUAUUUGCUAAAUUUCUAACAAAAUUAAAAUCGUGGUUUUACAGCAAUUUAAGAGGUCAGUAUACAUUUAAAUACUUUGGGGCCCAAAGAAUUAGGAUUGUAUAUAUAUAUAUAUAUAUAUAUAUGUGUGUGUGUGUGUGAUAUCUGUUGAAGAAAAGAGAAAGCGAUCUAGUAUGUCUCAUUUCUAUUUUGUGAUAUCCUUCUUUUGUUAUUGUUCAGACUAAUGUCUUACUGUGAACUUAUAUUAGGAAGGUUUGCUUUCUACAUAACAGUAUGGUCACUUAUAUAUAGCAUGGUAGAUUUUUUGCAUGUUCCUUUUUUACAAUGUCGAGCCUUAGAUUUUAGAGCCUAUAGAAAGUUCCUUCAUAAAAUAUUACAUCUUAUAAUUCAUUUAAAAAUUAUUAUAAAGCUAUAAUUUUUAAAGAGCCUUGUCUCUAUUUCUAAAGUUUACUAUAUAUAUAGUGCCCCCAUCAGAUUAAAUUGAAUCAAAAUGCACUUUAUCACUAUAGUAAAUAUCUAAUAUAUGCUAUUAAAUUAAUAUCUAGGUACUUAUUAAAGAGAAGCAAUAGGGUAAUUUUACUCUGGUACUUUGUACCAGAGUAUGAAAAUGUUGAAAGCCAUCAGGUGACAUUUUGUGAUUUGAAGUAAAUGUUUUUGAAAAGAGGUAUCACUAAUGUCAAAAGAGCAUAUUUCCUGGUGAAUGGCCAGAACACAGGAAAAUAGUAUAAUAGCAAUGUAGGAAGUAAAGGAAAUUCCUGAAAUGAAUCGCUAUCAUAUAAGCAAAAUUCUUUAUGAACUUUUUUUUUUAAUUUGGCUCAUUAUGUUUUCUUAAUUUUUGCUAAUAUAACACACUAUUAUUAAAGUUUAGAGAAAAAUUUGUUAGGAGUAUACAAAACAAAAUCAAAUCUUUAACAUGGGAGUACCACCACUAUCUAACCUAGUGCACACAUCAAUAAUUUAUUCCAGCACACUUUACCUCUGACAUUUGCUAUGGAUCCCAACACCCUACUCAAACCACUAACAGUAAGUCAGAGUAGGUAAAACAGUAAUUUUCUGCAAUAAAGACAAUCUAAUUGCGUAAUAGUUUUAGUAUAAGCAGUUAGGGGAAAUUCUCCAAUUUUAGAGAGGAAUGCUUUCAAACAACCUUCAGGUAUUUGUUACAGCUGCCUUUAACCUUUUGACUUUAAUACAGUUUAGUUCAUUGUGAAUAAGAGUGAACUAAGUUUUCUAAGCUAUAGAUUUGUAUUUAAUAAACUAAAAAAAUUAAAACAUUGUAAUAUACGCAGUGCAUGAAACAUGAUUCUUUCAUAGUUUAGUCGUUUUGAGUUGUCAUUUUGACUAUGUAAAAUCUUUUCUGCUACUCCCUUUAAGGAUUAACAUUGUCAAAAACUGCUGUUAUUUAUGUUGUCUGUAAUUAAAAGAUGACUAUUUUGUUACAUGGAGUAAACUUUUCAUCUAAUAAAAGCUUAUAUGA